CAGAGUCGAUGAUCGAGCUUGGAGGGGGUCCAGCAGGGAUACGGCCUGCUGCACCACAACGCCACGCCCCCGUGCGCGCAUCGCAGCCCACCCGCUCCAUCAAUCUUGUUUUUUGGGAGUAGUCUGGGUCUGCAUAGUACCUCCGCUCACUCCUCAACUUCUGCGUUCACUUCUCCUCUCUGUGUUGGGAUAACCGUCUGAACGUCAACCACCCUAACACUCCGUUUCCAACCACCUCUCUAUAACCAAACGUCACACGCAUUCCGCCCACCAUGUCUGACCGGGAAUCCGACUCCGAGCCCCAUGAGCGCACGACGAUGCAGCAGCAGAAGGCCAUCAAUGCGAAGAAGCUGGCAAAACGAGAAGCUGGCCAACAGUCCGCACGCUCACGAUCCGCCUCUCGACGUGCCCGGCGACAGCGCAUCCAGAAGGGCAUCGAAGAAGGCAAAUACAUGAAGACGACGUCGCUGGAGGCUCUUGAAGAGGCUGAUGCGAGCGGUGAACUGGACCAGAUGGGAAUGUUCGAACGUAUCGGUCCCGACAGUACGUCCAUGGACGGCCCCGUCACUAAAGCGCGCGCUAUGCGAGGUGAGAUUCCGAUGCGAGGAACGGAUCCGAAUCAACCGUACCGUAUGCCCCAGGAACAGCAGAAGAGUUCCUUGGAUGACACGGACGGCUUGAAGCUGAAGCUCGAGGCCAAUCUCGAAAUCGAAAUCGAGCUCAAGGCAUCCAUUAGGGGUGACCUUACCUUGUCGUUAUUGUAAGUAUACCCGAACUGCACUGCGCCUUUCCCUCCCGCAUCGACCUAUCUUAGGUUGGUACUUAUUGGGG